AUGGUGUGGCUGCUGCUGGUUUUGGUGGUGUGCCUGCAGGGGCAGCUGCAGCUGGGGGGGGGGGUUGCUAGGCCAGCCAUGAGGUGGACUAGUAACACUAGUGGCUUUGUGCUUAGGAGGAUGAGCCAGCUGGUAGAGAGUGGGGCUAGAGCUGACAAGGGAUUCAAGGACAAGGAGGUUAACCAGGUUGCCAAGGCCUUGAGGGAGUACUGUGGGGAGGAAUUGUCCUCCACCCAGGUGUACAACCACCUUAGGAAAUAG